AUGGCACUGCACACAGUUCUUGUCAUGUUGAGCCUACUGCCUCUGUUGGAAGCUCAGAACCCAGAACAUGCAGGCAUCACCAUAGGCGAACCUAUCACCAAUGAGACCCUAGGCUGGCUAUCUGACAAAUGGUUUUUUAUUCCUGUGGCAGACCUAAAGCCUGAUUACCGGCAGGAAAUUCAAAAGAUGCAGAUGGUAUUUUUUUACCUUACCCCCAAAUUGAUAAAUGACACGAUGGAGCUUCGAGAGUAUCACACCAUAGAUGACCACUGUGUCUAUAACUCCACCCUUCUAGAAAUCCAUACAGAGAAUGGGACCCUCUCCAAGUAUAGAGGAGGAGUAGAGACCUUUGCCCAUCUGACAGUGCUGAAGAAACAUGAGGCCUUUAUGCUUGCCUUUGACCUGAAGGAUGUGAAGAAACGGGGACUGUCCCUCAGGAGUACACUAAAAAGCCAGACAGAUAUCACCCCUGAGCUGCAGGAAGUAUUCCAGAAGGCUGUCAAACAUGUGGGCAUGGAUGAAUCAGAAAUCAUAUUUGUCGACUGGAAAAAGGACAGGAGCCAUCAGCAGGAGAAGAAGCAGCUUGAGGUGGAGAAGGAGACCAAGAAAGAUCCUGAGGAAGGUGAGGCAUGA